AGUUGUCAAACAACUCCGGACGGACGUGCGACGUGCGACGUAGACGGGUCUCUCAGACUGCGUCUCUAGGAAAAGGCCAGGAUAUAUAAAUCCGAACGAAGAAAAAAAAAAGGCCGUCCCAAGUUAAGGAUAUAAGCCUAUAUAAAAACAAGGCUCAAGGAAUCUCUAUAGGAUAUCUCUUGCUCCACCUUAACUGUUUCGACGAUGGGGGCCCUUGCAACUGCAGAAGUUACUACAUAUCCCGAGUCGCGAGUGCUCAUCAUCAUCACCGGAGGCACGAUAUGCAUGCAGCCGUCGGCGAGCGGCCUCGUGCCUGUUGAUGGGUUCCUGGAUAAUGCUAUGGCGCCUCGUCUAUCGUUUAACGACAUGUCGGAAAGAGUUCCUCUUACGGCAGUUAAGGACGGGGUCGAGGUCACCAUCGAUAGUUUACGCACACCCCCGAGUUCAUACUCGAGGCACAUCCGCUACGGCGCACUCGAAUUCUCACCCCUACUGGAUUCUUCUAGUAUAAGCAGUUUUGGUUGGACCCAGAUCGCCACAACCAUCAAAGAUAACUACCACCUAUUCGAUGGCUUUGUCGUGCUCCACGGGACUGAUUCCUUGGCUUAUUCGGCUUCAGCGUUAUCCUUCAUGUUGGAAGACCUAGGAAAGCCGGUGAUCCUGACAGGGUCGCAAGCCUCUAUCUUUGCGCUCCAGUCAGACGCCGUCGAUAAUCUACUCGGCUCCCUCAUCAUAGCCGGCACCUUCACCAUCCCCGAGGUGUGCCUAUUCUUCCACCACACGCUGUUCCGCGGAAACCGCACGACUAAGGUCUCGGCGUCCUCGUUCGACGCCUUCGCCAGCCCCAACUGCGAGCCGCUGGCCAAGGUUACUAGCCUCGGCGUCGACGUGAACUGGUCGCUCGUGAGGCGGCCGACGAAGAUCGCCCAGUUCCGCGUCACGCCAUACGUGGACACGGCGCACGUGGCGUGCGUGCGCAUCUUCCCCGGCAUCAAGCCUGAGAUGGUCGACUCCGUGCUCCGGGUGCCCGAGCUCCGCGGGCUCAUCCUCGAGACGUUCGGCAUGGGCAACGCGCCCGCGGGCGUCGACGGGAGCCUGACAAAAGUGAUCGCGGCGGCCGUCCAGCGAGGGAUCAUCAUCGUCAACGUCAGCCAGUGCACCAACGGCUUCGUGUCCCCGCUGUACGCGCCCGGCUUCGCGCUCGGCCGCGCGGGCGUCGUGUUCGGCCACGACCUCACCUCCGAGGCAGCCCUCACCAAGCUCUCGUACCUCCUCGCGCUCCCGCCCAAAAGCGAGGCCGACCACGCGGCGGAGAUCGCCGCCCGCAUGAGCACCUCGCUCCGCGGCGAGCUCACCGAGCUCGCGGCCACCACGUCCUUCACGCACCCGCCGGUCGCGGGCCCGGACACUUCGUGGGCGGAGCGGCUGACGGGGCCCGAGGCGGCGUUCACGGCGCUCGGGUACGCGAUCGCGUCGGGGAACCUGGGGGCGACGGUCGAGAUCCUCGAGGCGGCGGACCGGGACGAAGGCGAGGGCGAGGGGCCGAUGGUGCUGCUUCGGCACGCGGACUACAUGGGCAACACGGCGGUGCACCUGGCGGCGCUGGGGCCGGAGCCCGAGGUGCUGAAGGAGCUGCUGGUGCGGGGGGCGAGCGUGCAUGCGCGCAACCGCGCCAACAACACGCCGCUGUUCCUGGCGCGGCGGGCCGGGAACGAGGGGUGCGUGAAGUUGCUGAGGGAGGCCGGGGGGAUGCUGUGGCAGGAGGAGGAGGUGGUGGAAAGGGGGUGAGGCGAGGAUUCGAUUUCUUUUUCUUUUUCUUGGUGCGUUGACGGGACGGGACGGCAAU